AUGUCACAACAUAAUCUUACACAACAUGUGACGCCAGACUGGACACAACAGCUAACAUUUGACCCACACAUGCGUAUCCAAAUCGAGGUCUUCCAUACCACAGUGGAUGGUCGCGAGGUGCGAUCGAAUCGAAGUCCGGAAGCCUCGCUCGGGGACUGCGGCGGCGGAGGGCGUGCAGCGAUCCGAUCAGACGCGAUCAUUGGUAUAAUAGCUUGUUUGUUUCGCGGACGGGUGUCGAGGGGCGCUGUGGAAGCGAAGCCCGGCUGCCCACAGGAUAGAGCAGACUGGUUUGCCAUGGCACCUAACGGGGGUGAAGACGGCAGUGGUCGCGGAGCCGCCGCAAUAGCUGCUGUGAUACGGACAUGGGCCUCUGGCGGAACCUGCAGGGGGACGCGAGUCGAUGAAGCACGAUCGACGGACCGAGGGUCGGCUAUCCGUGGCCUGAGGCAGGACCGGGCUCUGUCGUCGGCACCUGGCAGCGGUGCAGCGGUCACCGAUGCAACAGUGCUGGCCAGCUUUGUAUCGGCGGUGAUCCCCAUGUGUGGAAGGCAUGAGGGCUGUGGACUGCUACAUCGUGUUGAGCGCGCGGAUGCCCGUUCGUUCAGUACGAAGGGUUGUGUACGAAACAGGCGGUCGUGGAGCUCGAGAGGUGCAGAAGCUGAGGUGUAG